CCGCGUCUCAGUAAUUUUGACAUCGUCACCUCCAAACCCCAAACACAACUCAACCGUCCGCCUUGCUCUGCGCCGACACUCCAAACCCCGAUCACAGUUUAUCGCCAAGCAUACAAUACGUUAGCUUCGAAAUCAUGCCUUCCCGGAGAUCAGGCCGCGCAGCCGCGAAACGCGCACAACAGGCCCUCGAAAGCACCCCAAAGACAUUCGAAGGCCUAGACGACGAGGAUGAGCCUAUGCCCGAUGCCGAUCAAGACGACGCCGAACCAUCACAACGAGACGGCGAGGAUGAUGUCGAGAAGGAUGAUGAGUCGGGUGGUGAUGGACACGAGGAAGAGGAAGCCCCAGAGGAAGACGAGUCGGGCAAGAGCCCAAGCCCUCCCCCAGAGCCUGUCAUCCGCCGCCGACGCUUGGGGCGACCACCCAAGAACCGACCUCCCGACUGGGACACUCUGCCGAUCGAACCCCCCAAUCGUGACGAAAACGCUCCUCGCCGUCGCGGUCGCGGAGGAUGGAGAGGCAGAGGCGGCCGCAAGGGCCAGCAUUUUCAACCAACCCAGCAAUCCAUUGACAAAGAUGGUACCGUUCUCGACAUUAUCAACGACGAGGUGGACCUUCCCGAGGACCCGGAGGGUGAGAAGAAGGUCGAUAAGCUAGGAAAUCUUCAGGAUGGUCGCGAGUAUCGUUGCCGUACAUUCACCGUUCUUGGCCGUGGAGAUCGUCUAUACAUGCUUUCAACCGAGCCAGCACGUUGUGUCGGCUUCAGAGACUCGUAUCUCUUUUUCACGAAACACAGAAAACUCUACAAGAUCAUCGUUAACGACGAGGAAAAGCGGGACAUGAUCGAGCGAGAAAUCAUCCCACACAGUUACAAGGGCCGUACGAUUGGUAUUGUGACAGCACGUUCAGUGUUCCGCGAGUUUGGCGCCCUAAUCAUUGUCGGCGGACGACGGAUCAUUGAUGACUACGAAGUCGCCAAGGCCCGUGAGGAGGGUGUCGUUGAGGGCGAGCUCGCCGAUCCCAACGAUAUUUUCGAACCAGGCAAGCCUUACAACAAGAACCAAUAUGUGGCGUGGCACGGUGCAAGCUCAGUUUAUCACUCGAAUAUACCGUCAGUACCACAGCAAAACGCCAAGGUCGCCCCAACCAAACGACGUGUUGCUGUCAACGACGUUAACUGGCAAUUGGAACAUGCUCGCGAAGCCAGUAACUUCAACAGCAUCCUCACCAGCGUCCGCCGCGCCAACCUGAACGGCGUCUAUGACAUUCACACUAACCAAAUGCACUACCCGCACAUCAUCCAACCUACACAUGCCCGCAUCACGCAGGUGGUAGACUCUGAAGACGCCUCGUCUUCGUCCUCAGAUCUUCCUCUUGUCAAGCCCUCCAUAUCCCGCAACUUCCUCAUCACCGACGUGGAAAUCGAGCUGCCACCCGCUGGCAUUUCCCCGGCCGCCUACGAGGUACCCUUCCGUACAUCGCCCGCCGAUCGGGCUGCCUCCGCGCGUGCCGACUUCCUGGCUCCCUUCAAGGGCUUGAGCGCCGUACCUGACGAUAUCAGGGAUCUGCUGCCCGAGGAAUGCAGGAAAGCUUUCGACAGUGCGGUGAAGAAUGAGGAGGAGUGGUUCGGCAAGUGGGGUGACGAGAAGGAUACGACGUGUCGCCGCGAGCCGGUGAUCGAUAAGGCUAUUGUGCCUUAUAGCAUGAAUAUCAUGUGAGGAGGCAUUGUGGAUUUUCGACAGAUGUCGCGUCUGAAGACCUGUACACAGACAUUAGCUUGUCGUUCUUGUUUGGAUACAAGCUUAGAUUGUCGUGAUGACGAAUGGUCUAUUGCAUUUGGUCAGUUCAGGCUCAGCCAUUUGCCUUCCACUAGUCUAGUAGACUGCAUUGGAACUGGUAUGGACGUGACGAAGAACCACACUGAAAGGGGUUUUCUGGGGAUAUCUUUAUGCUCUCGGUAUUUCACUUUCAAGAUGAUGAAGGUUAAGGGACCCGGAUGACUUGCGAUGCGCUCGGGCUGGGAGCAUCCGAAGAGGGGACAACUGUAACGAAAAGUGGAAACCACGUUGGUCGUUGGGGAGGUGGUUCUCAUCCAUCAUUGAUUUUCCAUUUUGUUUGCCCUACUGGUUUUCAUCUCAAUGCUUACAGGUCGAGUAUCUGUCAGCUGAGCCAUUGCGGGUUAGAGCAAGGGAACGAGGAAGUGCUUGGUAACUUCUUGUCUAUUUAUAAUAUACCCAGCUUGUAGACAUCUUCUCAAGUUCCUCUGUGUACUGCCCAUGGUGUCCAUGGCUGCGCUGAUCAGGGUGAUUGGAGAUUGGUGAUUGGUGAAUUGAACUUCGUCUCACUCAUUAGACAACGACUGAAGCUACUGCUGCUGUCUAUAUCAACAAGACCAAACCUAGGGCCACAUCAUCUCAUGUUGGGUAAUGACAAUAUGAUU